UACAAAUAGAGUGAACAAAUUUCGUGUUUUGUCUGGCUGUGCGAAAAAAAAUGCUACAACAUGGCGAGAAAAGGCACAGUGCAGAUACAGAGAGUGGGGCAGCCCUCGCGUCAAGCCUGCCCUUUUAGCGAAGCCAAUCUUGCCGAUCAAUAUUCAAAGGAAAGUUAUCGUAGCGCCGGGAUCCACGGGUGGCGUAGGUGCCAUUAAUUCUGGUCUUGCGACCGGUAGCAAGGUGAAACUCAUUCAAAAAAAUUUCACGGCUGCAAAAUCCCUUGACGGCGGCGGAGAGUCAUUCGAUUCCAGACGGCACUUGCCCAACAAACUGUCUGAGGAGCAGUUGCGCAUAGGGUUGGAGGCGCUGGGUGGUGGAGCGAGUGGAAACGUGUCAACCACCCAAACGAUGUCGACGAGCUCUCCGUUGAAAAACAUCCCGACAAAAAAACUGCCCGAAAGCGCCGGCAAGAAAGCAACCCCUUCCUCCCCUAAUUUGGGUGGUUGUACGAACGAUUGCUGUGGAAUUAUUCUUAACUCCAACAGCAGUCACAAGCAGCAAAGUUUGCAAAGCUCAAAAAAUGGCACAAACUGCAGCCUAAGCAGUGCUGGAACGGCCGCGACCAACUCUGCCUACCAAGGGGUCAAGUCAUGCUUCUCCAAUCACGAGCCCAAGUCAUCCGGUCGCAAGCUGGAAGAUAGCCGCAUUAAAUCGUCCAGCGACAGCGUGGACAGUUCGCUCUCGUCAAGCUCCGGUGGGUUCAAAGACCCCGACUUUAUCACGCGCCAAACGAUGGCCUUCGAGCUAUACAAGAACCGGGAACCCGGAAUCAGCAACACCACGAGCAAUAUCUGCAUCACGAAACCACCGCAGCACAUCCAAAGCAUAUCGCAAUAUCAGAAAUCAUCGAAACAACUAGAGCAAAUGCUAGCACAACGACUGGAGAAAAGCCUUGCCCUGGGAAGUGGUCCGUCCGCGUCCGUAGUUGCCGGAUCCCAGCCACCCCCGAUAGCUCCCCAUCACCUCAGGGCCCGUAGCAUCGACACGAGUAUCGGUUCGUCCCUGAGCACCGUUGGAAGUGGAAAUGUAAGUGGGACCGGCGCAGGAACAGGAGCCGGUGGAUGUUUUCUGGGGUCCAGCACGAUUCCGAAACAGAUACAACAAAAGCUGCAGGAAGAGAUGAAGAUGCAGUGUAAGAACAUCAAGGAGAAAUUUCUCAUUGAAAAGCGACACCCUCAGGAACACUACAAACCGGCGUACAGGGAAACGAAAAUAGCACAAGCAGCACCAGAUGGAAAGACAGCGCCAAAACCUAAGGUAUGCUUCUUAAAAGUCAGUACUGACUUGCACAAUUUACACAGCUUUUCACUCUGGAAAACUGGUUCAUCGGACUGGACCUGCGGGCGCAAAGAAAUAAUUACUGGUUAAAAAUAUACUGGGAGC